GAUACAAUAAGGGUACUUCUUCCUCUAUCCUGUCUCAGCUUAACACCAUUGUCCCACACAAGGCAGGCCCUCGAUACUCAUCAGAGCAAGUCUCAUCUGCCAGCCUGGGCCGGUCCCUCUUAUCAGCAACUUCAUCAACAUUCUCAGCGAUCAUCAGCCUUUCGAAAUGGACUCUCGCGACGCGGAGAAGGCGCUCAGCCUCAACUGCAACCUGCACAGGCGCAUGUCAAUCAAAUCGUCUCCUACAUCAAGUCCGCGGACGUCAUCGCCCACGGAAUACGUACCAUGGGCAACACCUCUUCCUCAAUCUCCUCCAGAAACUGUUGUGCUCGGACUCUGGCCCUACGCAACAGCCCAGCAGAUUCAAUAUUAUGUGCAAGGAUACGAGUCACUCUACCCUGACGCGCAGCUACUUCUACUUCAAUACUCAACCUCCUACGAUCGACAGCUCGGCAAUGCACUGGAUGCGCUGACGGCCGACGAGAAACGGACGCCUCAGGAUCCACCUAAUGUCCUGCUUCAUCUCUUCUCUGGCUGCGGCGCGGCCCAAGGAUGCCGUCUGCUGCGAGCCUACAAGAUCCGGACUGGUCACCGGUUGCCAGUCAAGGCAGUGGUCAUGGACUCAGUGCCGAAAAUCGUCGUCCCUUCCUUCCGGUCUGCCCAGCAAUCACCGCAGAUGCUGUUGGCGUUCCUGUACAUCCUUAUGACUGUUGUAUUCGUGCGCCUAGUAACGACUAUCAACUUCUGGCACUUCGAUCAAAGGUGUCGGCAGAACAGGCACGAUCUAAACGACCCGCAUUUGCUUCCCUCGGAUGCGAAGAAGUGCUACAUCUUCGAGGAAAAGGAUUUGAUGUUCUCCUGGCACGACAGUCCGAAGCAGGACGAUGAAGCCUGUGUUCGCGACGAUAUCAAUGUGAGGCGUUCAUCGAUUGACGAGAAGGGUAAAUGGACCGGUGACCAGGAGCGUUACUGGCAAGGCAUUGAGAACGUCUGGGAGGAUAGAGCUUGAUGCUCAAUCUAAUCUUCUUCCUGUUGUAUUAUGUAUGUGUUGUCGGCGAUGCGCCAGCCGCUCAUUAGAGUUGGAAAUGUGUGGUGUAUUCUUUGGAGAGCGUGGCGUUC